AUCCUGGGUAAUGUGAUACCACCAUUUGGCUUUUUAUUUUAAUCUUAUAUGUAUGGGAUAGUAAUACUAUUACUUUCUAUGAGCAUACAGCUUUUAUGUAAUCUAAUAGGACUAAAUAGUACCGGAUAUAACCUACAACAUAUAUAUACUAUUUGUUUAAAGCUAAAGCAUUUUAAUAUUAAAAAAAUGUUAAGCAAAAUCAUUGGAGUUUCGUUUUAUAUUUUAGUUAUUUUAAAUACAGUAUUUUUAUAUAUUUCUACAUCUUUUCAAAUAGGGGAAGCCAGUAUUCUUCCAAAUAUGUCACUGAUAAGUAAUAUAGAAUUAAUAAACUUAUCAGAGCAGAUAUUCAAUAAGUCUUCAUAUGAGUUAUUCAGACAUUUGAUUAUUAGAUACCAAGGGCAGACGAAUUUAAAGAAUUUUACUGAUGUUGCUCCUGAAAGGUAUUACUUUCAAAAUAUCUUUCAUUAUACUUUUUUAAUUAAAUUUCGACUCUAUAACUUUAGGUUGUUAUAUGUAUCACCCAGAAUUCCUUGGACAGAAACAACAAAAUCUUUUAUGAAGUUGCUGGAUAAUUAUGAAUUAGAUACUUACCAGCCAGAAAUUAUAACAAAAGAUGAAGAUAUAGAAGAAAAUGAAUUUAUUAAUAAUUUAAUGAAAGCAGAUGUUAUAUUACAUGUUAUGAAUUUUUUAUCAGUCAAAGGAGAAAGGAAACCGCGCAAAGGCAUUACAGGACUUCAUAACUGGAUAUCUUUUUCCUCUGGGGAGUUGUUAAACACAAUAAAUUACUUUGGGUUUUCCCAUAAUAUGGAAUUGAGUGAUGAGAAAUUUUUGAAUGUGAAGAAGGAAGGAAAAGAAGCACGCGUUAUAGAUUUUGUGAACAUUUAUUGGAGAAUUAAAUCAUACAAGUAAAGAACAAUGACAUGUAAGUUUUAUUUUACGAUACUCAUAGUAUUUACAGGCAAAAUAUCGAGAUCUAAUAUAUCCAGGUACUAAUUGCGUAAUUGAAUUUAACUAGAGGUGCAAAAAUUUGCGGUGUUAUCUAGGGAAUUUUCUACAGUUUCCUAUUUAGUUGUCGGUUAGCAUCGUAGACCAUAACAAUCGAUUUGGCCCGCAAUUUUAGCUGCCCGAAACUUCGCGAAGAAGGAACCAGUUACCAGUGGUACCUUCUCGAAAGAACGUCUCUGGUAAAAACACUAGCAAGUGCCGGAAGAUUUGCCGGUAUACAUGUGAGUGCGCGAAUUAGGAUUAAGCUUUCUCCCAGCUUAUCGCUAAUAAUUAUCACAUCGUAGUAUUUAAUAGCGGCGUUCGCACAAAGUAAACAAGGAAGCUCGUCUUUUGAGGUGGGUGUCCAUGUCACCGUAAGUCAGAUAAAGGUGUGCUAAAUUCACGAAGCUCCAAAACAAUUUGAAUUAGAUAUAUUCACGUUUCUCAAUUGAAGCUGUCAUUCUAUACUUUCUAUUGUUUGUUGUAAUUAUUGUGCAUCCAUCAGUAGUGCAGUUGCAUCCCGUAUUUGCGUAGAAACAUUGAACGUAUACGGGACGUCAGCCAUUUGUUGGUUAAAAGAUUCUUACCUUACAGUAAUUCUAUGGUGUCUGAGGUGAUGGGAAAAAUUCGGAUUGUUUUAUUCUAAAAAUCAAGUGCUUCCUUUGUAUGCAUUGUCGCAAAUGCAGUAAAUGAUUUAAAUAGAAUACGUACAGUUUCUAUUCUUAUCAUUUUUUUCGUCAUAAUGUACAAGGAAUCCUUUAUCUUCACGUUCGUUUUUUGAGGAAAAAAACUUCGAAAAAUGAAUGUUUACAAAAGAAUUAAAUGUUAAGGUGUAGGAUAUUCGAAUUUGUAUUGUUUAUUGUUAUUAAGAAUUUUGUAUGUCAAAAUGUAAAAAUGUUGUAAUUACAGUCGAUAUUGAUCUUGAAUGAUGUAUCAAGCAUUCAGCACGUAAGUAUUGUCCAUAUUAAGUGCUGCUAUAGUUAAUAUUAAAUAUUUUAUGUAAAAUUGAAUAUUUGUUAAAAGUUUCGGUCAACAGAAAUUUGAAUUUCUUAUAGUUCAACGUAUUCAAAACUUGUUCGAAAAAAAAAAAAAAAAAAGAUACACCGGUUUCGCGCUUAUUUUCGACGCACAUGUCAUGUUGACCGAAUUACGCCGAAGUAUGUCGAAUUUUAACGAAGUUCUACGAUAAAACCCGAAACUUUCGAUAGUUCCGGAUUUUAGUAGAAUGAACUUUAAAAAUUGUAUCUUUACGAAACUUGUAAAAGAAUCUGAUUUUUAAACGUGUGUACAAUAUUUUUAUUAACAUCAUUUAUUUCACGUCAUGACCACGUGUCUAUAUUGCGUCCAAAACCAUAACCAACAUCGCUCAGUGUUCUCUUAUCUCAUAGUGACACGUAUCAACAGUGAAAAACUAUAAGGUAUUGCCAACUAUAAUGAACUUUAAAAAUUAAAAUAAGCUGUAUUGUAAACCUUUGUUAUUUAAAUGUAUCGCUAAAAAUGCCAAAAUUUGUUACGUAACGGCGUUCGUAUGUGCAAAAGUAUACGAAGAAUAGAUUUAUCUUGGUAUACUUUAAUUAGAGUAAUUUUAGACGAUGAUGUAGCUCCUAAUUUCCGGCGAUGCGUCGUUGAUUUUUACUACUUCUUUGCAGAAGACAGGCGUAUGUUAUGUAGUCACAACUCGAACAAUGUUUUGUUCGCAACGUUGACGCGUCUCCGGCAUUUUAAACUCCGGUAGAUGAAUUUUUUUUAUCCAUGGUGUGUAAGACACGAGCCGCGUGCGCGACGCGUGCCAAUUUUCUACGUUAUCUUCUAGUUCGUUAUUAGCUAACAUUAACACGUGACGAUAACGUGACGAUAACGUUUUUUCUCCUUCUCUCUCCGGGCACGUCAAGGCAAUAUUUCAGUAGCAGAAUCUUCGGGAUUGUUCGUACAGUCAACCAGACUGUUUUGAUUUACAUUAACAAGCAAAACAUGAUUCUUAAUCAAGCGAUCCGAGCGUGCGAUGGUGACGGUAAUUACCUUAUCGGAGCAAAAAGAAGAGAAAGAGAAAUAGAAACUGUACGCGUAGACAGAGAAGGGCGUUUAGAUAGCAGUUACACGGUCACGUGGCCCUUUUGUGUAAUGAAGGAGAUACAUGUAGUUUAAGGUUUCCAAGCAUGUUCGAAUCGAUACUGCCUUGUUUUACUCUCUUAAUAUUGCAAAACAUACGUUCAUGUUUGAGCAUUAAAUUAUCACUAGGCUUCCUUUGGUUAAGAGUAAGUAUAGGGGACGGAACCUACCACCCUAGGGGAACUUACAGUCUAACUCCGAACUUUUUAUUCUUAUGCUGGGGCCACGUCUAAUGCGAUAUUCAAUGUAAUAAUUAACGCGCUAAUAGUAUAACGGCAUUGUUAAUAACGUUAGGUGUUAAAUGGGUGGCGAUAUUUUUUCACACAUCAAAAUUAAUACAUAAACAUAGCCACUUAAAACUGUAACACCUAACGUGUAAUAUUUUUUUUUCUCAUUAAUCUGGCCCCAGCAUUAGGGAUAAAUAACGUAAGUGACAAAUCCUACACUCCCUCUUAACUAACUUAUACAUAGCCAUGUACGUAAUAAGUCGCGAUAACAAAAAUUCUGUUUAAUUUAAAAAAAAUGAUAAGUCACCAUCGGGAUGCAUUGUUUUGCUUACACCGGUUGAUAAGUGUCAGAACGAGAAAGAUAGAUAUCCGUUUUCUCGUUCGGUCACAUUGGCGAAAACGAAAAGAGGGGAAAGUUCGUACGGUUCCACAGCCAGACAGCUGGUCGUCGGGUUCGAUUCGCGCCUGAAUGAGUUCGCGUUUAGCCAGUCGCACGAUAUACCGUUGAAUUUCGCAGCAAUAAUUAUUCUAAUUAAAAAAAAAAAAAAGAAAAAAAUUGACAAGUUGUAACAAUCGUGUAUUUACGAAUCACGGUUAUCUGUCACGUACACGUUGACAGUCGGGGCACCGGUAUGACGUGUAAGGCUGUCCGCGACGGCGACGACAGCGUACGUGCUGUCCCAUUAACAUUUUAUCCGGGAAUUAAAAGAUAACGAGAGAUAACCCUGAUCGUCCGUCACGACACGCGACGACACGCUGCGUGCUGCGUGAGACAGAGCGAGAGCGAGAGUGAGGGAACGAUGGAGGGGGGGGUAGAGGAUGGAAAGAGAGAAAAAGAGAAGGAGGCGGUGUGAUGUUUACGUAUGCGGCGACGGGGUGGCGGUAGCGGUGGUUGACGGUGGUGGCAUUGACGGAGGACGUGCGUCGGUGGUGGUGUGCACGAGGGGCAACCGCUGGAUGGCCAAAAGGUCGCGGCCCCGCCAUUGAUACGGUCGCGGAGAGAGCGCACUUUGGACCAAUUCCUCGCGACGUCUAACUCGAAUAAACCGAGGGGUACGCGGCGUUAUUACUUCAGUGCUCCUUCGGCCAUACACCGCGGCACACUCUCUCGUCGAUCAAACGAAUCUCUUUCUUUUCUUCUUUCUCUCCUUUAAACUUUCACUCUAUUUUACCGUGUCACGAACCUUGCGUUUCAUUAUCCUUCUAAUUUUACUUUCUUCCCUUCUCUGUACCACGUAUAUGUACCUCUAACCUUGCUCGUACCGUGUUCGAUCCGCCCUCCCGUCGAGAUAAACAGAACGUGUCGAGUAAGCCUGAACGACACGGAUAAUCAGGGUUCACGUCAGAACGAAGGACGAGUUCUCUCGAUCAGCAUCUCGAAACAUCACGAGAGACCGUGUCGCGUGUAACCAGUUGAAAAAAA